ACAACCGACUGCGGAUUACCAACGCAAAUUGGAUAUUCACAGAGAUACACGGCGAUAGAUACACAGACACACGAAGCUGAAAAUGCAAUCAAAGACACACACCACAGCCGAUCGACAUGGCUAUAGCCUGCGCUUCUCGCCUUUCGAGGCCAACUAUUUGCUGCUAGCUACAAGCCAAUUGUACGGUCUGGCCGGUGGAGGUUCCCUUUUUCUGCUCAGCCAAAAUGCCACUGCGGACGGGCAGAGCCCCAACCUGAGUGAACUGUGCCGUCUGGAGUGGUCGGAUGGUCUGUUCGACGUGGCCUGGUGUCCCUAUGCCGCCGAUGUGGCAGCCACCGCCUCGGGCGACGGCUCGCUGCAGAUUUGGUCCGGGCUGGAUGCCGAGGCGGCGGCGGGACAGGAGACGCCCAAGCAGCCGCUGAUCUGUCUGCAGGAGCACAAGAACGAGAUCUACAGCCUGGACUGGGGCGAGCAGUGGAACUACCACACGCUCCUCUCCGCCAGCUGGGACCGCACUCUGAAGCUGUGGGACUGCAACAGACAGCACUCCAUCACGACCUUUGUGGGGCACAGUGACUUGAUCUACUGCGCAAAGUUUUCGCCACUGAUCGCCAAUCUCUUUGCAAGCGUGAGUACCGACGGCCAGUUGAACUUAUGGAAUUCUCUCGAUUUUGCAGGUAAACCCCUGAUGAGCAUCGAAGCGCAUGCCAGCGAAGCCCUCGCCUGCGACUGGAGCCACUUCGAUCGGAACAUCCUGGUGACCGGUGGAUCAGACGGCCUCAUCCGAGGCUGGGAUCUGCGCAAGAUGCGGACCCACGUCUUUGAGCUGUACUCCGGAGAGUUUGCCGUCCGCCGCUUGGCCUGCUCCCCGCACUCCUCUGCGGUUUUGGCAUCGGCUAAUUAUGAUUUUACCACGCGAAUUUGGAACCUGGAACGUGGCGAAUCCCCUCAGGAGAUCAACGAACAGCAUACGGAAUUCGUUUGCGGCCUUGACUGGAAUCCGCAUCGGGCCCACCAGUUGGCGGACUGUGGCUGGGACUCUCUGGCCAAUGUUUACACCCCCAAAUGCCUCAUCCAGGAUGGAGCUGCCUAGGCGAACGAUCCUCCAGAGAGGAACUGGACGAAUGAUCGAUACGAUAUGUGAUAAUAGCCAGGCCUACAAGAAAGGUGCACCACCGCAAGACGAUAGAUAGCCCAGCUAUGAACAGCCUCUAAGGAACCAAAGACAGGAGAAGAAGACAGACUCGAUCCCCGAAGGAUUCGAGGAUCAAGUGGAUCAAAAUGAUGUGUAAAUAGUUGUGUGAUAAACCGAAUGCAGGUGCUGCUG